ACCACCUAGCUGGAACGCAAGUAUCCCCCGCAAUCAAACUACGAACCCGGAUCCCCACACUGACUGCGCUGCAGGGCCUACGAUGUCGCGAUGUCAAAGCAGCACAAGAGCAUCUCUGCCGCCGAUGUCAUGCGGGCGCUAGAGGUCCUCGAGCUGGGUGAUAUGGUAGAGACGAUACAGGAGGAUCUUCAGGCUUUUCGCGAAGAACAAGAGCGGCUGGGAAAGCCAGCAGUCACGAUAGCGUAUCGGCGCCUCCAAGCCGCAGACUCUCUGUCCAACCGGGAGCUCCGACUAUCAGGAUCAAACCACCCAAGAAAGAGACCCCAUCGAGAGCUACGUCUUUGUCGUCGUAUUCGAGACGAUCGGAGAAAGACGAGGAACCACUCCAGGGCGAUCAAGCGUACGAGGAGGCUACGCCAGGAUUAUAUCAUAAUUGGCAAAGUGGACGGCGGCCAUCUUGAUGAUCGCAACUCGGACAAGGAAUAGGGACACACGGACGGACAUUUCUGAUUCUUGCUUUCAACUUUCUUUCGUCGUGCUUUGUUGAUGUCAUAUGUACCGUGCUAUUGUCAAACAGUGCUAGCUUUCUUCAGUCUAGCUAGAG